CAGAUAAUGAUCCUAGACAACCUUUUAUAUUAGUUAUUAUAACAAAUAUCAUAAAACACUGGUAUUCUCUGCAACAAGCUGAUGAAUUAGUAUAUAUAGAUGCUAUAGCUGGUUUUGAUGUUCUUAAUAUACUAUUAACCCUAAUUUCAACAAAUACACCUAUUGGUGACUUACCUUUUGCUACAAUAUUAAUAUUAAAUGAAAUUACAACUACACUUAUAAAGGCUUUGAAUAUACUGAAACAUAUACUGUCAUUAUUUGUAUUUAGUGAAUGUGGAUUUGUUACUGGGCUACAAGUUAUUAUGACUGACAAUUUUGCUACUAAAAGAAAGGCCUUAUAUAGUACUUGA